AAAUAAGUAUUAAAUAAAUUCAAAAUAAACUGGACAUACAAAAGCUUAUUCAAAGAUCAAUAAAUAAUUAUUAUUUUUCAGAAUAAUUUACAUAAGGAUUGAAUUAUAAUAAUCACAAUAUAAUAGCUAAAUAUAAACAUCUUUAUCUGAGAUUAUGAGCAGCAUAUAGAUCAGAAACAUUUUAUUAUUUUUACUGGUUAUUUUAAUGAUUAAAAGUAUUGCAAAAGAGAAUCUUCAAGUAGACCUUUAGGAAAGCAUUUUUCCAAGAGAUUUGCAUGAUGGAAGUAACAUCGCUAUGAAAAAUAGUUCUGGAAUAGCUGGGGAAUUUAAGAAAGUUUAUUUUCUCUAUUUAUAUGGAGCUACUUCAGAUGAUAUUGACCCUCUUUUGCCAGCCUAAAGUGUUUUUAAUACUACUCAUAGAGCCAAUUCUCCUUUUUUAAGAGCACUUAAUCAAUAUUUAAGAAGCGAGCCCUAAAACUCCUUCUAUAAGAGGGUUCAAGUCAAUGGAGUCAUCGAGGACUAAUUCAAUAGAAUUUAGCAUUUAAUGACAGGAUCUGAAAUAAGUUAACUGAUAUAUGAUAUAUAAGUUGCAGAUCCUCUUUCUUACUUUAAAGAUCUUGAUGAAUAUUUUUAAAAAAAAUCUAUAAUAGACUAAAUUCUCGCACUAAAAAAUGUUAAUUUUACUGAAGGAAACUCAAUCAUCUAAGAUUCUUUUUAAGGUUUUUCUUUGAAUGAUAGAAAAAUUUUGUUAUCGAAAAGAUUUUAUACUGAUAAAUAUGAAGAUAGAUUGAAUUCAUAAAAUAAUAUAUCCAAGCUUAGAAAAAAUUCAACUAGUUAUGUGAACAACACGAAAAACAUACAAGCAAUCUUAAAUAUGAUGAUAGAUGGAAAAUAAGAUGUUAUAUUAGCUUACGAUGAUACUCUCGCAAAGAUAAAAAAAUUAUUCGAUGAAAAAUCUGUCCAAGUAUUCAAUAUUUACCACAAUCUGAACGAUUUACUUUAAAGCACUAUUUAGAAGAUCAGCAACGAUACACUCUUAAUUGUAAUGGGAGAGAAUUCAAAUUAAAAUAAAUAAUCUGCCGAAGAGAGUAAGAAUACACUUGGAAAAGGUGAAUCAUUCUUAUUUGCUUAUUCUAAGUAAGGGUUUGAUUAAAGUUAUUUGAUGGAUGAAAUAGACUCUGCUGAACAAAGAAAUAAGCUAAUUAGAUAAUCUUAACUUAAUAGAAUCUAAAUUAGCGAAGAUGGUGAGGAUGAUAGUGAAGCUAAUUUAAAUAAUUACCAUAUUUUCAAUUCUAACUAAAAUAAAACUAAUUAGAAAAGAAAUUACACCUUUUAUGAUCGCAAUCCAUCAGAUUAUAUUUAAGAUCAAAGCAUUGCUAGUACUUUAUCAUUUUUAUUGGGUUUUGAAAUUCCAGCCUCUAAUAAUGGUAGAAACAUCUUGCAAUUAAUGCCAAAAACCCUUUAAAAUGAUGAUGACCAUCUUUAAAAUAAGAUUGUGAUGCAAUUAUUUGAAAAUAGCUAUUAAAACUUGCUACAAUAGAUAACUUUGCUGAACUAGCUUUAAGAGGAUUAUGAUUUUUUUACUUAGGAGAGUCUUAAAAAAAUUGAUAAAAAAUACUAGUAAAUAUUAUCCAAUCAAAAUACUGUAAACACAUUAAUAAAAGAAAAUGAUGAAAUUAGUAAAUUAUAUGAUGAAAAAGUAAAAAUACUUUAAAAAGAAGAGAAUAAAAUGAACUCUUUAUAAAUUCAAUAAGCUAAAGAAGAAAUAAAUAAUUUGGAGCAAAAGCUUUAGUCAGCUUAAAGCUUGCUAAAGGCUCAUUUUGCUCUUAUUAUUGACUUGUAAGAUUAUCUUUAUCAUUUGCUUAGUGGUGACAAAUCAAUUACAACCGGUUUGACAAUAGCUUACAUCUUCAUUUACGCAUCCACCUUUUUAUUCGCUUUGCGUCAAUUUUUUAAAUAAAUGACCAAUCUUUACGACAAUUAAAAGGAAAAAAUAGCUUAUCUAACUAAAUAAUUAUCUGUAAUACUGCCACUUACCGUCCUUGGUUACUACGUUUUCUACCUCUACAGUGCCAAAACAAUUAAUGAAUCAGUAGCUUUUAUAUGUGUUGCAGUAUUUUCAUGCCUAUUUUUAUUUGAAGUGAUAUACUUAAGAUAGAAGCUUGAUCUUCCAAAACUCUUUUUGAAUAUCACCGCUCUUUACUUCGCUUCCAACAAAAUAACUACAGAAGGACUAGCUACAGUUGGUUUUUGGCUCCACCUUUUUCUCCGUUUGAGAUAUGGUACAGCCUAUAAGGACUUCUAAAGCAAAAAGCAAAUCCUUAUUGCAAUAGUUAUAUUUUUUGUGGGCGCAUUUAGAUUAGUUACCUUUAAUAUUGAUUCACCUUUUAUAGAUGCCUUAUUAAUUUUAAUUGUUGUAAAAAACUAAAAGAUAAAGUACUCUGACAAGCUCUGCUUCGUUGUGCUUAUAAUAACCCAAUACAUGUUUAAUUUUACUGAUAGCACUUAAGAAGAAAUAGGCUAAUAUCUCAUAUUUGGAUGUUCCACUUUCCUUAUUGUCAUAAUAAUUUAAUUGUAUGAGUCUAUUUCCCUCACUCUUUCCUUUAACAAAUUCUUCAUCACUAACAUUAUUUUUAUCUAUUUCUUAAACAUUCUCAUCGAUAUGAGGAAGCCUCUCAAUAAUAAUGAUUAGCUAGUUUGCUGCUUGAUAUUCUAUCUUCCAUCAUACAUCUUAAUGAUUCUAACCGAAAAAGACUCAUUCUAACAAAUCUAACAAUUUAUUGUCAGAUUUGUUAAGCAUUAAACUCAGAUAAAAUAAAAAGCAUAAACUUAAGAAGAAAUAUUAAUUGAAUUAAAGGAGGUUAUGUUAGAUUUAGAAUCACAAACCUACACCCAAAAAGCUGAAGAUCAAAAUAAAAUUAAUAUUUCAUCAGAGGAAUAAUAAAAAAUUGAGCAAAUAUAACCUAAUAAUAACAAAACCUAAACAAAUAAUAAAGAAGAUUCAAGUGAUCAUAAAUCGAUUUCUAGCCUUUGGCAUAUAAAUCUGAAUAAUUUUGGUAUAUACACUUUGUCAGGAGUUUUACAACUUCUUAUUAUAAUGAUCUCAUUUUCUUAAAUUUUUUCUGAUCAAUACCUUCUUAAUCCUACUCUGAUUACACAUUCUAAAAUAGGUCUCAUUUAAUAUUCUAUACUAUAAUAUCUUAUUGCUUUAUUGUGUAUACUAAUAUCAAACUAGUUAAAAAAAUCUAGCAUUAGCGUUUAAGCUAAAAGUGAAAAUACAGAACCACAAAAAGCUAUUUAAUAAUAAAUUAACAAAGAAAUUGAGAUAAACACAAUUUAUAAUAUGUGUUGAAAAAUUAAAAACAUUAAAAAAUAAAUAAAUAACCAAAUUAUAAACAAAAAUAUCGUUAAAUUUAUUUUAAAUUUCUUAAUAUUAAAUAAAUAUUCUUAUUCCAAUAACAUAUAUACAUAUAUAUCUAUCUAAUAUUUUCUUUUAGUUAAAUUUAUUUUUUAUUAUUUGUUUAUUUAAUCUAACUAGGUAAAAAUAAUAAACCUUUUCAUAAAA